ACGUUUAUUUUCUUGAUUUCAAAGAAAUAAUUUUUAUGGACCCCAGUCACGCAUCAACAAAUUAAUAUUUGCUGUGUAAUCAUUUUAUGUUUUUUUGAGCUGAGUAAUGACUUCGGGCGAUAAUAACAUUUUACAUAACAUACAGGAUUCAGCAGUUGAAAAGUUACUACAUUAUUAGUAUUUGCAGGUUUUGUUCGUACAUACCGAACUAACGUUGUAAAUUAAUUAGCAAACAUCAUGGUAAACCUGCGUGCUUCAACAUUUUGGUGUUUAUACGUUGGUUGUGGUGCUUUGCUUACGGUUUCAGCAGAUGCUCAGCACGUAAGGUUUGAAGCAUUGCAAACAACUACUGGUGUAGUUUCAACUGCUGCAUCAGGUAACACAACUGCUGCUCCUCCAUCUCCUACAGCGAGCUGGCCUGGAUAUGUAGGUGCUGUAGUUGCUAUCAUCUUGUUUGGAAGUAAUUUUGUUCCUGUUAAAAAGUUUGAAACUGGAGAUGGAAUGUUUUUCCAAUGGGUUUUAUGUGCAGCUAUAUGGAUUGCAGGUUUGGUGACAAACUGUAUCACAAAUUUUCCAACGUUUUAUCCUCUUGCAAUGCUUGGAGGAUUUUUAUGGGCAACUGGGAAUAUAUGUGUGGUACCCAUCAUCAAAACAAUUGGAUUGGGUCUCGGAAUGUUGAUUUGGGGUUCAUUUAACCUCCUGUCUGGUUGGGCCAGUGGCAGGUUUGGGUGGUUUGGUCUUCAUCCUGAAGUUCCCAACAAGCCGACGAUGAAUUAUAUUGCGAUUGCUUUUGCAAUGCUCAGCGCUGUUAUUUGGCUGUUUGUUAAAUCAGAAGGUAGCCAACAACAGAUCAUCAAUGAGUGUGAAGAUGCUCUGUUAUCCGGCGAAGAAGAAGAUAGAAGUUCAGAGGAAGAAGAUGUUGUUGGAAGAUCGUGGGUGGAUGGGAUGUCUCCACUUCGCAGGAGAAUAAUAGGUUGUGGGUUAUCGGUGUUUUCUGGUACUUUGUACGGACUCAGCUUCACUCCAGUUAUUUACAUAAAAGACAACUAUCCUGGUGCUUCUAAAACAGAUGUACAUUACGUGUUUGCACACUUCUGUGGUAUAUUUGCCACCAGCACUCUAUAUUUUGCAAUAUACUGCGCGUUUAAAAAGAAUAAGCCAGAGGUUUUCCCAUCUGCAAUUUUACCAGGUCUGAUAUCAGGGGGAAUGUGGGCCAUUGCUGACAUUGGUUGGUUUGCUGCUAACCAAUAUCUAUCGGAAGCUGUCAGUUUUCCCAUCAUCACCACAGGGCCUGGCAUCAUUGCAUCAUUGUGGGGAAUCUUUGUGUUUAAAGAAGUUAGGGGUGUGCGUAACUUUAUCAUCAUGGCUGUUGCAUAUUGCUUUACCAUUACUGGUGCUGUGUUAGCCGGUUUCUCCAAAAGUUAAGUAUGUUUACUUCAUGCUACCUCAAGAUUACCUGCAAAAAUGUAUUGAACAGAAAAUCCACUUAAUCUAUUUAAAUUUUAGGUCAUUUUACAUUUUUAAUUGAAUAUGCAUACAUUUUAAUAUAGUUUUAAACAGAUUUUUAGAAAAAAUAUGUCUGUAAGUCUAAGUUUUUAUCCGUUGAUUUUCCUAUUUUACUACAUAGUGCAAUUACAUUAAAACGAAUUCUCAUUUUUUUUGUUACCUUAAAGUCUUAAACAACAUGCACAUAUUCAUAUAGAUAUGUUGCAUUAUUUCUUCUGUUCACAAAUCUUGCACUUACACUGUAUUAGAUGUAAGCUUAGUUAAAAUUUCAAAAGACGAAAAUUUUGUUUAAUUAAGACGUGUUUGGUCUUUUAAUGGUAUAUAACCAGGAAUUUUAGUUUUUAAAACCAAAUAUUGUUAAAAUUGUAUUUUUUUUUCUUGUAAGUUUAUUAGAACAUUCAGAGAUUUUGUGUCUGAAUGUUUGUUUGCAUUAAAUGAUGCAGCAUUUUCACCUUUCUCAUAUUUACUGCAUAGAUUUAGUCAUAAGACCUUGUUUGUUGUUUGCAUUGCUAAUACAUACAUUGAUUCAGUUAAAA